AUGCGGGUAGUCAACGGGUUCUCUCUUCUCUGCCCUUUGUGGGCACCGGAUCUGGAGGCCAGGGUCUCCUCUCAAGCUCCAACGUUGUCAUACCUCUCCAGUCUUGGUCGGGUUCGCAAAAUGUGCUUAGUUAAGUACAUGCUUUCCGGUUUACCACCCUCCGGUUCAACCCUCCUGAAAGUCCCGAGCGAUAAGAAUGCCGAUUUGCGACAUAAAUAUACUUUCAGCUAUCAAUUCGACCCAGUUGUUGGUCACAAUCUUCUGACGCUCACAAAUCCAACUCCGCCGAAUCGUUCGAAUAGUGGAACUAUGCCCCCACCAAGGAUUGAUUAA